AUGUUUGUCGAAAUCAGUGGAGCAAAAAAAACGGAUGAUGAAGUUCCAUGUGCGAUUAUGCAAUGUGAACGAUCAGUUAUAAAAGAAUUGAUUGAAAAUACUGUAUUUCUUAAUUCAUCAGCAAAUCGAUGUGAAGACUGUGAUCAUUGUAAAGAAAAUGGAUAUAGCAUUUGUUUACGGGAAAUUAAAGGGCCUUUUCGGCGAACGACGACGAUAAAUAAUGAAGAAUAUUGUGCCUGUUCGCAUAAUAUCCCCGAAAUAUGUAAUAUCGAAACGCCAAAACAACAACGAAACGAUGGGAAUUUACUUUACGGUUCUUACCGAGUUUGUCGCCACUCGUAUGCAUUAUUGCAACCACCACGAUUAACUGCAAUCGACCAACCAACUUCAGUCAUUGUAACAGUUGAACCAUUUUGGAGGGAUAAUUACUGGAAACACUUGAACCUUUCUAAUCUCCUCGUUCAGUACGAAUUUCCAGUUGAGUCAUCUGACCACUGCGAUGGUGAAACACUAAGAGAUGAAGAUUCUAAGCAGAAUUUAUGUAUUACCUCGUUAGCUAUAGAAAUGUUUGAUACGAACACGGAUUUCGGCCAAGGCGAAACAGAAUUUGAUCAAGAAGCAACUGAGGAAUAUUACGAAGAUGAUGGCUAUUCUGAAAUACAGUUCGAUAAAGAUGUGUUUACAGAUGCCAAAUCUGUACGAUUCUGGUAUACCGUUGAUGUAAAACAGCCACGGCAGUUAGACCGCUCUGGACGCAUUGUAAAUGUAUUUUCAGUUGCUCGUUCGAGUGAUUUAAAUUUUCAUCUCAGACCAAUCAUCGAAAAGGAAAAAGAACAAAGUGUAGCAGAAGAAAAUUCGGCUGUUGCGAACAUUUCGAUAGUGAAAAUAAUUAAUAAGAGCGGUGAUAACGAUUUUGAUAAUUUUAAAAAGAAAAUGGAUGGUAAUGAAUUUAAUAAAUACAUUGAUGGCAGCUGGCAUCCAAAAAGCGAUGAAAAAUUUGAUAAUAAAACUGUGGAUGAUAUGAAAGAGCAUGAAACAAAUGAAUCGGCAAAAAAUAAAAGAACUAAUGAAAGUUUGAUCACCACCACUAUCACUACGGUACUAACGAAAAGCAAAGAAACCGAACAAAAAGAAGUGAAAAUUGAGAAUGACGAAGUAAAAUUUGAAAAAAGUGCGAAGAAUGAUAAACUGCGAAGCGACAAUUGGCUCACUAGUAAAAUUUUCAGCACACCAGGCAGAGUCUUAAGUAUUUGCAGAAUUGUUUUGAUUCCAAUUUCAGCCUCAAUUUUUGGUACAAUUUUACAAAUAAAUCGAAUUUCAGGAAAUGAUGAAUUAUUAACAUAUCUUAAUGGAUUGUUAUUGGAAGAAUAUGGCUCCUUAUCAUUAGUACGCUGA